AUGGACCCACCAGCCUUUGAUGAGUCGAUGCCGACGGGUGGCAACCCGCUGGAAGUCGACGUGAAUGCACAAUACAGCGGCUUCGAAUACCACUACAUCUACCUAGUUUUCUGCGGCUUCAUCGUCUGGCUAAUCAUUCCGGGUCUUGGUUUCCUCUAUGGUGGUCUCUCGCGCAGGAAGUCGGCCCUCGCAAUGCUGUUUCAAUCCCUUCUGGUCGCUGCUGUCAUAACAUUCCAAUGGAUGUUUUGGGGAUAUUCCCUCGCCUAUUCCAGAACUGCCGGACCUUUCAUUGGGAACCUCGCGCAUUUUGGCAUGAUCAAGGUGGGGUUUGCGCCGUCCAUCGGCUCGCCAUAUAUACCUGACCUGGUCUUCUGUCUUUACCAACUGUUGUUCUGUGCUUGUACCGUCAUGAUCGUAGUGGGAGGCUCGUUUGAGCGUGGCCGAAUAAUCCCAUCUCUUGUGUUUGGAUUUUUCUGGGCCACGAUCGUCUACUGCCCAAUCGCUUGCUGGACAUGGAAUCCGAACGGGUGGCUUUACAACCUACCGAGUCUUGAUUUUGCUGGCGGUGGACCGGUGCAUAUCUCUUCGGGCUGGUCGGCGCUUGCUUAUGCAUUCGUCCUCGGAAAACGCAAGCACCAGGGCGAAAAGUCGUACGGCAAGCCACACAAUGUUUCCCUCGUUUUCCUUGGAACUAUGUUCAUCUGGUUUGGUUGGUUCGGAUUCAAUGGAGGCUCGGGCCUCAACGGUACCCUUCGCUCUAUGCUAGCCGUCUUCAACACUAAUACCGCUGCCUCUUGUGGUGUGCUCGGCUGGGUCCUUGUUGAUUACAUCAAGCACAGACGUCGGUUCUCUAUUGUUGGAGCUUGCGAGGGCGCCAUAGCAGGUCUUGUAGGUAUCACGCCCGCAGCUGGUUACGUCUCUGUCUGGUUUGCCGCAUUGAUAGGGUUUUUGACUGCCAUUGUAUGUGCAUUGUUACAAGAUAUCAACAAGUGGAUCCGUAUCGACGAAGGACUUGAUGUCUUCAAGCUCCAUGGAAUUGGUGGCAUGAUGGGGUCCUUCCUGACCGGCAUUUUCGCCACUUCAUCGAUCUCAUCUCUGGAUGGAGCCACGUUGGCAUCCGGCGGCAUUGACGGGAAUGGCAUUCAGGUUGUAAAGCAACUUGCAGAAAUCACGGCCAUCUCAGCUUACUCAUUCGUGGUCUCAUGUGCCUUGCUCUACAUCCUCGGCUACAUUCCCGGUCUACAUCUGAGAGUCUCCAACGAAGUUGAGUCGAUGGGAAUGGAUCUGGAUCAAUUCUUCGAUGAACAAAUAGGGGACUGA